UGUUCCAGAGGAGAGAAGCUCUAUAUGAGAACACCUUGUCCCCCCUGUUGGUUUCAGCUUGCAACAGUAACUCACCACAACACCCAUAGGAAAUGAUCAGACUGAUUUUCUUUAUUUCUACCUCUAGAAGAUAGUAGUGUUAGUAAUCCAUAUCAUGAUUACCUUCUACAGGCUGUCAGGCUGUCACAUCACAGAGGAAGGAUGUGCUUCUCUGAGCUCAGCUCUGAAGUCAACCUCCUUCCUGAGACAACUGGAUCUAAAUAACAAUGAUCUGAAGGAUGCCGGCAUGAAGCUGCUCUCUGCUGGACUGGGGAAUCCACUCUGCAAGCUGGAGACACUGAGGCUGUCAGGCUGUCACAUCACAGAGGAAGGAUGUGCUUCUCUGAGCUCAGCUCUGAAGUCAACCUCCUUCCUGAGACAACUGGAUCUAAAUAACAAUGAUCUGAAGGAUGCCGGCAUGAAGCUGCUCUCUGCUGGACUGGGGAAUCCACUCUGCAAGCUGGAGACACUGAGGCUGUCAGGCUGUCACAUCACAGAGGAAGGAUGUGCUUCUCUGAGCUCAGUUCUGAAUUCAACCUCCUUCCUGAGGCAACUGGAGCUAAGUAACAAUGAUCUGAAGGAUGCCGGCAUGAAGCUGCUCUCUGCUGGACUGGGGAAUCCGCUCUGCAAGCUGGACACACUGAGGAUGUCAGGCUGUCUGGUCACAGAGGAAGGCUGUGCUUCUCUGGCCUCAGCUCUGAGGUCCAACCCCUUCCACCUGAGGGAACUGGACCUGAGCUACAAUCAUCCAGGAGAAAAAGGAUUGAAGCUGCUCUCUGCUGGACUGGAGGAUCCACACUGCAGACUGGAGAAACUCAAGUAAGGAGAUGUUUGUUUUUUAUAUACCUCUUUAGGUAAUGUCGCUUAACACUGAAUAUAUCUAAUUACGUUAAUAG